UCACAUUAUGGCGUCUCAUCAAAUCAGGAUGGGCUCUUUCCACCGCCUCCUGUACUGGAAUUUAACGGUCGCCCGUUGCCAUCGCGCUGCUAGAAUUCUCUGCUGAAAGACAUCAGAUGUAGGCGCGAUGAAGGACGAGAUAAACACGGCGCGGUCGCUCCGGAGUGCCGACGCGGAUCGUCAAAACGGGGCUGAUGCGGAGGACGGCCGGGCGGGCGGCGGAGCGACGCGGAACCCGGCGCUCCGUGAAGCGGGAUGUGUCCGAGCCCCCGCACCGGGGACGGGAAUACGCGUUUUGAAGCGUAACAUGAAGCGGAACGGCAGUCGAGGCUGCGUGAACCGGAAGACGAGGUUUGGCUCUCGCGAGCGGGACUGGCUGAAGGGUGAUGCUCAGCGAGGCUGCGUGUGUCUCUACGGGGCCUCGGAGCCCCAGCCCCCACCGUCGGGACCCCAGACCUCCUCCACAGCCCUGCCGGACCUGAAGCUGGUGCUGUGCUCCACCAACACCACUGUAGAGGAGCUUUGUGCUCAGAGAGAUGUACAGGGUCUCUAUCUGCAGCUGCACGGUGAUCUAAUCAGGAGGUUGGACCCUUCUGAACGUCCUCUUCAGAUGGUCUAUGACUACCUGACUGCUAUGGGUUACGAUGACCCGCUCCGGGUCCAACAAGAAGCGGCCAACUCGGACCUCAGCUGCAUGAUUCGCUUCUACAGCGAGAAACCGGUGAACGCAGACCAGCAGGAACGGACUUUACUGAAGGGUGUGUUCAGCGUGAGGAAGGGAAAGACGCAGCUUCAUAAGUGGGCGGAGCGACAGGUCAUCUUGUGCGGCACCUCCCUUAUCGUGGCCUCGGUCAAGGACAGUCUGACCGGCAAGAUGCACAUCCUACCCCUGGUCGGAGGAAAGGUGGAGGAGGUAAAGAGGAGACAACACUGUCUGAUGUUCAGCUCGGCCGGACCUCAGGCUCAGACCUACUACGUUAACUUUGACACGCUGGCAGACUACCAGCGCUGGCACCGGCAAGCUUCUAAAGUGGUGUCUCAGACAAUAAGCCUGGUAGAUUUAUCCUGCUAUAGUCUGGAGGAAGUGCCCGAGUAUCUUUUCUACUGCCAGGACAUCACGCAUCUCAACCUACGGCACAACUUCAUGAGACUGGAGGGUCCUGGAGGACUAGUCAACUUCAACAGAUUUGCACAAUUGAGGAGCUUAAAUCUUUCUCACAAUGGGUUGGGCACAUUCCCGGAUUCGGUGUGUGAGAUCCAGACGCUGACUGAACUCUAUCUAUCCUGCAACGGCAUAAGUUGUCUACCAGACCGCAUCGGCAACCUCCAGAGCUUACAGACUCUGUCACUGGAUGGAAAUCGCUUGGAUUCUCUACCAGAGGAGUUGGGCAGUCUCGUGCAGCUCAGCAGCUUGGGACUUUCCUUCAAUGAUUUCCCUCAAAUACCCGCAGUGCUGGAGCGGCUCUCUGUGCUGGACAAGCUAUCCAUGGCUGGGAACAGGGUGGAGACUCUGGACCUGUCCGGCCUGCUACGAAUGACUCACAUUAAGAGUAUUGACUUACGGUUAAAUGGCCUCCGCUGUGUUAAAAGCGAAACCCUGGAGCCUGUGAAACAUCUCACCCAGUUAGACCUGAGAGAUAACCAGCUGACCUCUUUAGACCUGAGCCCGACCUGUAGUCUGGAGACCCUGUACUGUCAGCGAAACCAGCUGGGAUCCCUCACGCUCAGCGGCUUCAUGCUCCGCACACUCCACGCCAGUAACAACCGUCUGAGCACAGUGAACAUCUACCCUGUUCCCAACCAGCUAACACACAUGGACCUAUCAAGGAAUGUCCUGGAAUACCUGCCAGACUGGGUGUGUGACAGCAGGAAGAUCGAGGUGUUGGAUGUCUCCCAUAAUCUUCUGUCUGAGCUGCCAGCCAGACUCCUGAGCAGCCUUAGUCUGCGUAAACUGCUGGCCGGCAACAAUAGGUUGGAGAGACUGUCUGACCUGCUCGACCACAUCCCGCUGGAAACACUCGACCUGCAACACAACAAGUUGAAAGAGCUGCCAGAGAGCUUCUUCUACAAGGCCUUAAAUUUAAAGUAUCUGAAUGUGUCUGCCAAUGAACUGGAGACAAUCCCACCAAGCAGCCAAUCAGAAGAGAGCCUAAGCACACUGCAGGAGCUCUAUCUCACAAGAAACAACCUGAAUGAAAACUGUGCCGCUCUACUGGUGGGCCACCAGAACCUGCGGGUCCUGCAUAUGGCCUAUAACCAGCUGUUGUCCUUCCCUGCCAGUAAACUCAGUAAACUGGAGGCGCUGGAGGAAUUGAAUCUGAGUGGGAAUAAGUUGAAAGCGAUUCCCUCCACUGUGUCCAGCUGCAAGAGACUACACACCCUCAUCGCCCACUCCAACCAUAUCAGUGUGUUCCCUGAGGUCCUUAACCUGCCCGAGAUCAAGCUAGUAGACGUGAGCUGUAAUGACCAGACGGAAAUCCUGUUGCCGGACUCUCUGCCCUCCACACUACAGGAGCUGGACCUCACGGGCAACAGCAGUCUAAUACUUGAGCACAGAACACUUAACCUCUUCAGUCACAUAAGUACUUUGAAGCUGGACCAGAAACCAGCUGUGACUGCGGGAGACGUGCAGGGCACGUCCACCCUGUGGGAUCAUGGCUACGCUGAGAUGUGCGGUCAAAGGAACAAGUUAUGUGUGUCUGUGCUGGCCGUGGAUCGCUUUGGGGAUAGUACAGAGGCAGCUUAUGGGAUUUUUGAUGGUGACCGUAAUGAGGAAGUUUCCAGGCUACUGCAGUGCACCAUGGGAGAUGUGUUAUCAGAAGAGAUACAGCACUCCAGCGUGGACAGUGUAUACAUGUGCAGCACUUUUCUUACGUCUCAUAGAAAACUUGGCAUGGCAGGUCAAAAACUAGGUGCCUCUGCUUUGCUCUGCUACAUCCAUCAUGAGUCAUCUGAACCCGGGAGCUACUUCAGCCUCACCGUGGCCAACGUGGGCACGUGCCAGGCUGUGCUUUGUAGAGAUGGGCAACCUCUCGCCCUCUCCAAGGUUUUCAGCCUAGAACAGUGUUCUGAGGAGAUGGAGCGUGUCAAACUGGCUAAAGCUAUCAUUACCGAGGAUAACAAGGUGAGCGGCGUGACGUGCUGCUCACGGUUACUUGGCUGUUCCUACCUUUUUCCUUGGGUGCUUCCCAAACCCUGUGUGCACACGGAGCCUCUGUGUUCCCAAGACGAGUUCCUCAUCCUAGGAAACAAAGCUCUCUUCCAGAAGGUUUCCUACCAGGAGGCGGUAAGCACCGUGUUAGCCGUCAGAGACCCACGCGCCGCUGCCAAAAAGCUCUGCACGCUGGCACAGAGCUACGGCUGCCGGGACAAUGUCGGAGCUGUCGUGGUGGCAUUGCACAUCGGGGAAGACAGCUGUACGUGCGAGCCUCCCCUCUUGACUGCGGAAGCUCGAGGACCACCGGCUCCUACGCCUUUACCGAUCACAGUAUCCCCCGGAGACCCCGCCACCCCGUCGUCGAGCAGCGGCAUUGUGUCAGAGUUCAACAGCGAAAUGUCCGCCUCGGAAGUAGGCAGCGAGGCUGGGUCCACGGCAUCAGAUGAGCACCCAUCUUCAGGUCCGACUGCUCGCCCAGAACGCCGCUGCAGUUUGCACCCCGCUGCUACGUCGUGUAACGUAGUUCCAGUGACGAGCUUGGGGCCUGGGGCUCAUCCGGCUCUCUUUCAGCGCCAACCAUCCAGCGCCACUUUCUCCAGCAAUCACUCCGACAACGGACUCGACAGCGACGACGAAGCUCCCUUGGAGGGCGUUAUCUCGAACGGGAGCAAGCUAGAAGUCGAGGUUGAUAUUCACUGUUGUGCUUUUCAGCUGCGCUCCGGACCGUCGGAAAGAUCCAAGGACCUCGAUGGCCGCCAUGACCUGCGGGGCUCGGACUUUCCCAAAAGCAGAGUGCGCCGCCAAAAUAGCGUGGUGGUUUCCGCGACCAACGGAUGCCUGCUGGCUGUGUGUGGGAGGGAGAUUACAGACCUGAAGAAGUCUCCCUCCACCUCCAGCCUUUUUGGAAAAAAGCUAUCCAAUGGCUCCGUAGUGGCUCUGGAGGACAGUCACAAUAUCAUUGAAGUAGCACUCGAGGCUCCCAAAAAGAAAUCAGGGUAUUUUGCCGCCCCAGCUCAACAAGACCCAGAAGAUCAGUUGAUCGUACCGCCCAGUCUGGAACAAGAUGUACGAGAACAGCUGAGAGGCCAUAGUCCGGUAGUUCCAGGACCACCUCCUCCUUCGUCACCGCCGUCGGCAAGAGACCCUAGCUGGGACCACCCUACCACCGUCCUGCAACAGGAUGUCUAUGACACAGCUCUGUAGCAGGACGGCACCUCUGUGUCAUAGUGCCACAUCGAAAGGCAAGCUCUUGCUCUUCCUGCCAAGGAGAUAUUGUAGUUCUUAUUUAGCGCCGUCAUCGCGUGUGGGUCCCUGCAUGUGCAUUCCUGGGCCGAUCCGUGGUGGCGCAAGCCAUGUCCGGAUCAUAGAAAGGAAGAAAGUGCACACGUUUCAAGACUGAUGAAAUCGUGAAGAUUGAAGUCUUGAAAUACACAGGCUGUUUCUGACCAAAAACCUCUGCACGGAGGACCUUAUACGUCACCAUACAUGAGCUCAUUAACACAUUUGCCCUUUAUUGCGACGGUCACAGGCUUAGGUCGACUUCGGUCGGUUUCGGUCAUCACAUUUGCCUUCUGGCGCUAAAUGCUAUCAGCUAAACUGAGACCAAAAGAUGAGAAAAGUGCCUCUUGAAGAUUAAAAGAUGGGUUUUAGAGAGGGCGCAGUGUUCUCCGAAGGACAAACAGAUCGCUGUUAUGCAGGAAUUUUUUUGAAGUUGUGAGUUUGCUCUUCUGAACUUCUCACUUGCCUCCCGACAAAGCCAUGGGGACGUGAGACAACAGGAACCCAACAUUCAAAACCUGCGAGAGAAAAGAUGGAGGUCAGAGAGAGAAACUCAUAGUGAGAAGACUAGAAAGACCUCACAAAACCUUAAUUUGAACUGUCUCGGGUUGUUUCAAGUACUUUUGAGUGUGCCAUGAAUAUGACAGAACUCCAUUGCAUCACGGCGUGAACAUGUCUCAAUAUUAGUUUUGCUGUAGGUGAUUGAGCUUGAGUUUAUUUUCAUCUCAUGGAGAAAAAAAAGUGUAUGAAGAUGUACAGGGUAUAUUAUGUUGUAUUGUGCUGCGAGUGUGGAAGAGUGUUCUUUAUUUUGCAAUGCAAGUGGUAUGCUUAAGAAAAAGUAUUUAUAAAGUUUUAUUUUAAUAAGAGGAUCUAAAGAAUGAAUGGGUCAUUGGAGUCAGCCAUUGCCACAAUCAAAUCAUAAGGGAAUAUGUGCAGGAAAGCACCAUGCUCGUGAGGGGACACCUAGUGGUGAUUAUUUGAAACAACAGUCAUUUUGUAAUGGUCUCCCUGUGUAUAAAGCAGGCUAGCAGAUUGUGAAUAAUGACCUUUCAAUAAUACAUUUAACCUUUUCAUUUAAAACUGGAAUUAAAAACAGGAAGGAUUUUUUCUGUUAGAUUUAAAAUGCUGCCACACAAAGUCCACUAUUCCAUUUGCCAAUGUAUGAUGUUCAGGCCAUCAGCACAUAUUUCACAUCAUGAUUAAUCCAUACACUCAUUAUGUUUAUAUCAUAUUUUUACAUGCAUAAAGAAGCCAGAAACAGUUCCAAUGGACGUUAAAACGUUGAUGUACGCAAAACAAACAAUGAAUUAGCAUCCACAUUAAUAAUGUUUUUGACACUUAAAUUUCGAAAUUCUAAUCAAAUCUACUUAUAAAUUAUAGGUAAAGAUUUAUUUUUGCAUUCAACUGUUUUCUUCACUGUCAUGUGCAUGCUAUUUGUGCCAAAUGUGCAAACAGAUCUGUGUUUGUGUAGGAGAAAAGUAGCAGCAUGAUAAAAAUUUGAAGCCCUGCUUUUACAGUAAUAUCUUUAUCUUGGAAGACUCUUGAAUUAAUAGUUUACCGAUAUAACAUCUUGUGCAUUUUGAAAUCUUUGGAAAGACACGUUUGUCUGUUAUAUUACAAUUAGCUGCUGACCAGAAGCUGUAGUGCUUGUGCCAAACGACAUGUAAAAGUGGCAUUUCAAAUGAGGUACAUUUUAUUUUAUGUUAGACGAAUCUGGUAUGACAUGUAGGUUUUUCUGCAUUUGCCUUAAAACUGGUCUGCAUAAUUCACUUUUGACUUUAAUUGAGUUGCAGUUCCAAUUUUGCUCUUAAAUAUGUGUAAUAUAUUUUGCUGGAAAUCGCAAAGAUCCCAAGAAAUCAUUUAAAGAUGUAUGCUUAAGUACAGUAUUGCGCAAUAAUUUAAAGGGUUCUAAACCGUCUAAUCAUUUUAUAGAAAGCUCAAAGAAUCUAUAAACAUAUUUCAUCAGCCAGUUUGUAGAUGUCUCGCCCUGAGAUGCUUUUAAACAGCAUUGAAGGAGUUUUGAUUUAUUCUGAACACUUAUUGGCUACUUUCUUCAUUAUUCACUUUAAGUGAAGCCUAUCGAAAGCAUUUUAUUGAAUACAAUUUUAGCUUUCUGAUUAGAAAUAAAUUGACAUGUUUGCACAAUUAGAUUAUACAGCCGUCAUCAAGCCACCUUACUAACAAUCCAAAGGGACCUUAGACCUGUUUAUUCCUAUGACAUCAUCUGCAUUACUUGAUGUUGUAAAAUGGUCGCAUCACUUAAUUUGAUUAAUCGGUAUUAUCUAUUGAAAAUAAAUCCUAGAUCAAAUAUGAGAAAAUAAUGGGAAAACUAUUGGCAUAAAUAUGUGUUGGCGUGUGAGGACAACAAAACUAUGUUGUUGAACAGUGUCAUUGUGUGGUAUUCUGUCUAUACUAUCAUCAUGUUGAAAUGUUUAAUUGCCAUAUUUGGACCACCGUUAUGUUGUAUUGCUUAAUCAAUUGACCGAAACUUGGUUAAACUAAAAGUUCUUGGAAAUACACAUUUUCUGUGCAUUUCAAUAUAUUCAGGAUAUAUUAAUAUAUUGGAGAUAUUAAUCCAUUGAGUUUACGUUCAUCUGUCAAAAGCACCUGCUAUGAUGGGACUUAAUAAUAUGCUUAAGGGGGAAUAAAAGCACAGUUAUAUGGACACACUCUCAUUAGAUGUUAUUUUUGACGGAAUAUUUCAUUAUUUAUUAUAUUAUAGAGGAUAUAUAGAUUGUUAGAUGGAGAAGUGGUUGCGCAACACCACAGAGAAUCAGUUUAGCAGGUUAUAUUUUGCCUUUAAAAUGACCCUGCUCGGAAAUUUAAUACAAUUUAUAAUCAUACAUAUUUUUCAGUGUUGUUAGUUAAUGGUGAUAUGUGUUAUUAUUUAAUUUUUUAAUUUAUUAAUUCCACAAAAAAACAUUGCUGUGUUUGAGCUUAAUAGCAAUGUCUCAACCUGUGAGUUUGGGAAACUACAUACUUCUGAUUUCAUCACACUCUCACCUUCGAACCACUGUUUGUCUCACGGUGUAUACAAUGUAUGCAGAAAUGUGUAUUUUUUUUCCACACCGUGUCAAUCUUGAUUUCUUUUACUGUAUGUGACACUGAAAGCAUUUACCAUUAAGUCUGAAAAUGUGUGCAGUGUGUGAGAGAAUGGUUGGUGGUGCAUGACCUGUGUGUUGUAGAAGAUAAUACUAGUUAGAAUGAAGAAACACUUUGUUUAAUCUGGUGUAUUAAUGGACAUUUGCACAUAUUCACGGUUCGUUUUGAAAAGACAUGGAUUCAGAUGAUGUUCCUGUUGUUUGACAUGUGACCAAAGCUUGAUCUUGUCAUUAUUUGUCUUUUUUUUUUCAAGAGAUGCUUUAAUAUGUCCUCGCGAUGCCAAGAAGCUGAGGUUUAUUUUUGUACUUCAUUGUUUCAUGCAAAUUCAUAGGUCCUCUAGGAUUAAAGGUCUAUAGUAAACUGUCACCCAUCUAAGUACUAUCUUUAAAGAUAUGUAUUUAAUGUGAGAAGCAUGCCCUCUAUAAAUGACUAUAUAUACAUAUAAAUACAUAUAUUAUAUAAAGAAUAUAUAAUGUGAUUAUUUGUACAAAAUGUACAUUUUCGUUUAUAUGAGAUUGUUUUCAUAUCUAAAGCACUGUAUAUUCUAUUUUUAAGUUUAUAUUUAAGCAUGCAGUAAACUGCUGUUUAUUUUCAUUGCGGUGAAUUGUUCAUUGAUUUAGUUAAACAACAUGUGAGGCCUCUUGCUGUUUGCCAGCUAGGACUGUACUUAUUUGGAUUUUUAGAGCGAGUGGUAAAUCAUUCUUUCAUUUGAGAUGCUGCUACAGUAUGCUUAGUUUCGAGCAGAAAGCUGUAUUUUUAAUUAACUUUUCAGCCAAGUAGCAAUAAAUUUUUUACUGUGAUAUGUCUUACAUUUUUUUCCAUUUUUACGAGGCUUGUGUGUCCUUAUUUUUUCCAAUGUCAAGAUACUGUAUAAUAAAGGAUAUCA